AUUAUUCAAACAAAAAUAAACCUCAAACAGUCAGAAAAAGUUUUUCACGACUUUCACUCGACGAUUUUCGGUGAAUUUCACUCUCUACCUGCGGAUUUGUUCCACUGUGACACAGAUUAAAGAUUCGCAAGUGAUCAGAGACAAACAAACAACUUCUGACAUGGAAAAUAUUCAGGAUCCCAGUCAGACCAGGAGAGCCUCUGCACGCCGUGCAGAGAGAAAGCCCCGAGCUUUCCCUCCCUGCUCAUGCUGCAGGAGCGACCAGGAUUCAAAUCCCCAUCACUCAGCUCCUGCUGCCAGAAAGAAGAGGAAGCGGGCCUCCGUGGCACGCCCCUCUUCUUCAGAGCAUCUUGCAGAGCUGACCCGGGAUCCUGCUCCUCAGCACUCCACCCAUGAUGCUGUUGUUUUUCCUCCGGUCCAGAGGCCUCAGUCCACGAUUCCACCUGCUGAGCUGCCUUCGGUCUCCGAUGUGGUCCCCAGCACCCAGCCCUCCACAGCUCCUCCAGACGACAGUCCACUGAUGAUCCAUGGUUAUACAGUGCCAGAGUACCAACAGAUCUACCACUCUGUUGUUGAUGACAUGCUCAGGUACAAGGAUGGUCGUCUUCGUCCAUACAGUCUGGAUCUAGGACGACGCAUAAAGCAGAAGCUGUGGGAGCGCCUAAAUCGUCCUGCGUUCACUGAAACAGUAGAUGAAAAUGGACUUGUUAAUGUGAAUGUCUCAUACAAGGUUGGAGUUAAUCCUCCUCUGUAUGAUGUGGAUGUCUCUGGUGAACCACAGCCUGAGACUCAACCUAGAAAGCGAGUUAAGACUUAAAGUCUUUACUUUAGCUGUUGAGUUUAGACCUGUAAAUAUUGUAGUUUUAAGUAUAGGACUUGUAAAUAUUGUUGUUUUUAGUAUAAGUUAAGAUAAGUAAGUGUUAUAGUAUUUUAUAAUAUAAGUUAAGAUAAGUAAGUGUUAUAGAAUGAGUUAAGAUAAGUGUUGUCGUUAAAAGUUUCACAGAAAACCUCUCAGAAAACCUCUUACAGCCACACCAAAAAUAACUUGCGAAAAACCAAAACAAUUCCAAGGUACAAAGAAAAUCCUCCACCUUUAGCCUCUAAAAAUGUUCCUGCCUCCUCAAUGUAACAUCUGGAAACUAGACAGCCACCAAGCUAAACCUCCAUCCUGCCUCCAUCUUUAAAAAGACAUCUGUGACCUCAAACAUGUGCCAGCAGCUUUUUACCACCAAACUGCUGCACAUGGAAAAGAAAUACUUCAACCUUGAUCUCCAGCUUUUGCAUUAAUCCAUCAGCCUCUGCCUCCACCAUCAAAAUGUUAAAGACUUUUGCCUUCACUGUCUUCUACUCAAGCCUCUGCCUGCCACCUUAAGCUGGCAAUGACUGCUAAUAUCUGCCAAAUAUUAGCAGUCAUUGCUUUCAACUGUAAUUUUUGAUGAAAAUCGUCAGCUCAUCAGCCGCCUCCACCUGCAGCCUGUCAGGGAAAAUAUGCUCCACCUGGAUAUUAUCUGGAAGAAGACUUCAUCCUUAUUGUCCAACUCAAGCAUCUGCAAGCAACUACCUCCAUCUGCAGUUGCGACCAGAAAAUAUCAGUCUCCAGCUCCACCUGUGCCAAACGAUAAAAAGGUGCCUACCAUUCGAGUUACUGCCAGUAAAAUGGUGCUCUGGUGCACUGACUCCACCUACCACCUCUGCCAGCACUCUGAAUCCAUUGCCUCUACCUGAACCCUCUGCUAGAACAGAUCAACAGUUACCUAGACCAGAUGCCUCUACUGCCUUCAAAUCAUGUACCUGUCUGAAACUUAAAAUUGUCUCCACCUGCAAGGACCUGAAAAGCCUCCUGUAAGCAACAAUCAUUCCUCCAUCUCUAACCUCUGCUGAACACCAACAACGGAGGUUGUCUCCAACUGUAGUCUCUGCUACUAAUCAGCAGCCAAUGCCAAAACCUGCAACUUCAAAAAGCAAACUGCUUACUUCACUUGUCUCCUCCUUUACCUGCUGGCCUCUGCCAUGAACUACAGGUGCCUCCACUGCAGUUCAUGGCACACAGCUGCCAACGCUUCAACUUGAAUCUGUUCCAGCAACAUAUUACAGCCUUUCCUUACAGAUUAUGUCUUACAGCCUCCCUCCACCUGCAGCCUAUGCUUCUAUGCAUCACCACCUCAAACAGUGCCAUGUGAACAACAAUCACCUUCAGUGCCUUCUAUACUGUCUCCACCUGCCAAAAAACAGCUGGAUCCACCUGCUGUUUGAGGCCAACAACUGCAGCCCCUACCUCAAACUCCAACCCCUGCCAGGACUAACCCUCUACUUACACCUACUGCAACAAAUCACAACCAACCACCUCCAACUGUCCGCUGCCUCUCCCAUAAUCUUCAGCUGCUGUCUCCAACUAAAGACUUUGCCUCAAACAUGUUUUGCCACCUCACUCAGCGUAAGUCUCUUAUAGGAACUUGUAAUUGCCUUUAGAUUGUGUUUACUAAAGCUGCUGUCCAUCCUUUCAACUCCAUCCCCUGCCCAAACACCAACUAAUGUAACUUCUAACUGGAGUCAAUGCCACCACCUUCAAUUUCACAAACUCCUCCUGACUCAUGAGCUUCCUCAAACUUGAGUGCACAAGACAGCUAUUUCCACAGCCUAAAACUGAAGCAAUCUUCAGCCUCCUCCACUUGCAAUCCAUUGCUCCAACUCCAAACUUAGCCGAAACCAGCUGACUUCACCAGUUACCUUCUCCAAAAGCCUUAGACUCUACCUUAAAGUGGAGGUGCUGGGAGCGAUGGCCUAUUACACAACUGGCCCAGCACUUCUCUAUCUUUUGUUCAUUUUGGACAGGGUCUCAGGAUCUCUUUUGUUUCCCUUGAUUCCAUUUUCUUGUUUCUUGAAUAUUUAUUCUAUUCUGUUAGAAAGCUCAGGGUUUAAUCUUUACAUUUUUCAAAUGCUGUGGUCUCCACUUUUUCAUCCUUGGUUUCUUUGUGCCAGGUUUCUUUUGGGUGACAGUUAAAACCCUUUCCUCAACUUGCACUCUCUUACAAACACCUGUUACUACUGCUUUCAACUUAAGCCUGCUUCAGCAACUUACUGCAGCCUUAACUUGCAGAUUGUGGCUCAAAAGAUGUAGCCUCACUUCCCCUGCGUCUUGUGCCAGAAAACAUCAGACUCCACCUCCCUCAGUGCCAUGUGAACAACAGUCACCUUCAAUGCCUUCCACACCAUCUCCACCUGCCAAAAAAACAACAGCAGCUGACACCUUCAACUUCUUCUUCUGAUGACACCCAUCACCUCUCAUCCUGACCUGUAAAGGGUGAAAACCUUGACCACCUGCUGUGGCCAAUCUAAAGCUGCCUCCUCUUGAAUCCUGUGCUUCCACAUCUCUGCAACAAACCAGCAGCAAAGCCUCCCAUUACUUACGGCUCUUGUCUCUCUGUGUCAUUGAGCAGCACAUGGUCAGGAACGUUGGUUUGCUUUUCCUCCUUACCUUUCUUUCUCCCCCCUAACAGAGGUUGGUUUUCCCCAACUUGUUGUAGAUUGUAGGUUUUUUUUUUGUUUGUUUUUUGUUAUGUUGUUCUUUUAUUUAUUUAUUUAUUUUAUUAUGUAGUUCUUUUUUAUUUAUUUUUUUUCAUUUAUUUUAAUGUACCCCUCCAUGGGUCGCCACCUUAAUGUGGUAGAGGGGUUUGAGUGCCCCAAUGAUCAUCGGAGCUAUGUUGUCGGGGGCAUUUGUCCCUGGUAGGGUCAACCAUGGCAAACAGGUCCUAGGUGAGGGGACAGAUGAAGUGCGGCCCGUGACAACUGAUGAAGAAAUCCAAAUAUUAAACAUUGUUAAGCUAAUAAAGGUGUUUCAAUAUUGUAACUGCAUUACUGCAAUCAGCUUUACCAUCAUGAAGCAAUGCAUGAAUACUAAUAAUCGAUUAGGGGCCAAAUGUGCACAAUUUUCUUUGGUAUACUUUCUGUGAUGAUUGUAACAUGUUUUGGUUUUAGUUGGCAAUUUUUUAAAGUUGGUUUCUUAUUGUGGAGUCUCUUUCAUCCUCACAGAGAUUGUGCGGCUCCUUUCUGCAACGUCACACCUGCGCCUGAUCACUGUAAUCACCACCGGCAUUUAAACCCUGCUGUGAUGCUUCUCCAGUGCCAGAUUAUUCCCGCAUCAGAUAGUACCUCCACGAGCCCCAGUGCUACAGCCCAAUUUCUGCCAUGCUGCCACACUCUCUCCCCGGACUUCUCACCAGCCUCCUCCUCAAGCGCUCACUUCUCCAGACUUCACCACACCUCUGAUUUCCCUCCUCACGCCUUGGACCCUGGAUCUCUUCCCUCCGUGCUCCCUUCAAUAAAUUCACUUAACUGCU